AUGUCUGGGGAAUUUGACGAAUUUGAACGUAACCCGUUUGGCAGCGUUUUCCGCAGGCAAGGCGAAGAAUGGCGUCAGAUACGGACAGCGGUUCAACCCUGCACCAUUCGGCCUCGGACUGUUCAGUUGUAUGCUGAAGGAUUGGGGCAGAUUGCCGACGAUGCCGUGGACCUUAUCGCCAGCGACCGGGACGAAAAUGGCGACGUACCGGACUGCUAUACCAUCAUGCAGAGAUGGGCGUUAGAGUCUGUCAUGCUUGUUUCUAUGGACCAGAGACUAGGUCUGCUUGACAAUCCACUGUCACCCGACUCAGACGCAGCUGGAAUAAUGAACGGAAUCGUCGCACUAUUUUCUGACAUGGACAAACUGGUGACGCGAUUUCCUUACUAUCGUUACUUCCCAACGCCCAUCAUUAGGCGUUUUCAACGCACUGGGGAUUACUUAGUCGCGCGCAUGUCUCACAUCAUCAAGGAAGCAGCGGAAGCUACCAAAUCAAGGGGCAACAGUAAUGAGAACUGCACCAUCCUUCAGCACCUGUACAACCAGCAGAAAACAGAAUUCAAGGAAAUCUUUACUUUCCUGCAUGACUUUGUUAUUGGAGGAACUGAUACGACAUCUGGUGCUGCCACCUUCACAUUAUAUCGGUUAGCAGAGAACCCAGCAGCCCAAGAGAAAGCACGACAGGAAGUACUCGCUGCAACAAAGAAAUCUGCUGGGACAUUGUCCGCAGACAGUCAUCAGCACUUAGGCUACGUCAAAGCCUGCAUAAAAGAGGCACUUCGAUUUCACCCCAUCAUACCAGGAGUGAACCGAAAAAUAAACCAUGACGUCAUACUAUCAGGUUACUGCAUACCGGCUAAUACUGUGUUACGAACGGAGCCUUUCGUAGCUGGAAGGCUGGAGGAGAACUUCACUCGGGCUUCGGAGUUUCUACCUGAAAGGUGGCUGCGAUCGAGCGAUGAUCAUUCGUCCAAGACGAAUGACGAUACUUGGAAUCUGCAUCCAUUCGCCUCUCUCCCAUUCAGCAUUGGACCAAGAAUGUGCAUUGGCAGAAGGAUCGCUGAGAUGGAGUUGUGCAUUCUUGUGGCCAAGGUGCUUAAACGAUACCGCGUGGAGAACCAUCAUGGCGACAUCGGUUUUCUUACGCAGUUCACCGGCAAGCCCGCAAAGCCAGCGAAAUUCAGGUUUGUGGAACUCAACACCACAACGUAACCUCUCCAAAGAUUAAAAUAAAACUGUCGUCGCCUUUAACUCGUCAUCAUGAAGACUGCAGCGCUCACCCGAAGACAGAAACACGGUACAGAAAUAAAAGUUUUUUUUCCCAUGUCAA